GUCAAAAAAUUCAACACACCAGCAGUGUGAGGAGACCUGAAAGUGGCACAUGGCAGAGUGUGGCGAUGGAGACAGCAGCAAUGGGAGGCCGUACAGGGACCCAUGACAGACUCUGGACCUGGCAGCAGCAUGAGGAGGCGGUAUAUAGGGGCCCAUGGCAGAUUAGGGGCCUGGCAGCAGCUAUGGGAGGCCCGUAAUCUGCCAGCACCCUAUGUCAAAAAAUUGAACACACCAGCAGUGUGUGAGGAGACCUGAAAGUGGCACAUGGCAGAGUGUGGCGAUGGAGACAGCAGCAAUGGAGGCCGUACAGGGACCCAUGACAGACUCUGGACUUGGCAGCAGCAUGA